GGGCAGAGGAGAACGGUUCCCUUGGGUUCUCAAGUCUGUAAAUCAACUUCAUCUUUCUCCUGAGAUGCAGCUAGUGGUUUCAGACUACUGACCUGGUGGCCAGCAGCCCAAUGUAUAACCCGCUACGCCACCAGGCUCUCCACAAGGAAGUUCGCUUCACUUUAAUCUCCCCUCCUGCCCGCCCAUUGUCCAGGGCAGCCACCCUCCCCCCUAGCUCAGUCCAGGCCCUCACAGGCAGAAGUAUUUCUCCUGUUCACCCCUUGCACUCCGCAACUCUGACCUCCCCGCGGCUGCCAGGAGCUACCGCUCCCCUCCCUAGAGCAGUGGCCUCUGGGCCCUCUGGAGGCAUUGCCACCUUACGCAGACCAGGGCUUCCCACCCUGGUCCCAACCCACGAGGCCUGGGCAGGAGCGGAGGGUGGCAGUCCAUCAGCUGGGGAGACCAGUGGGUCUGCCUCCUGCCCAAGUGGGAGAGCCAGGGACCAGAGCCCAUGCAGGUCGAGCUCGGAGGCUUCCGACCCCAGCAAGCUUCUCAUCAGAUCCCAUACACUGGCUCGAACUUGGAGCAAAGCUCCUUCCGUCACCCUGUACAGCAGCCCCUGGGUGAAGACUAGGGUGGCCCCUUCUCCUUGUCAUUCCCUCAUUCUCUGGGGGCCCUAUUACCUCCGUCAGACUCUAGACCCUCUCCAUUUCCCAGGGCUGCACUCAGCCUGCACCACCCCAACUGGGUUUGAGACAGCUGAGCACCUUCCUGAUUAUACUCUCCUGGCUUGGUCUGUGUUGUCCCCGAAGGACAACCUGUCCCCAUAUUGGUGACAAAGCAGAGCCCUCAGGAAGGGACGACUUGCCACUGGACUCCAGGCAGUCUGGAACCUGGGGCUCCACCUGCCAGCCCUGCUUCUCCAUCAGCUUCUGCAAGGGAGUUGAGGGCUCCUCCACCCAGGGCGUUGUGGGUCCUGAUACCUGGGCCCGGGAAGGCCCUCCUCCCUCGUUCCUGGCAGAGUCUGGUAACCCGCCUGUAAGUGUGCUUCUAAAACCGCUAAGCCUGGUCUCCAUCCUCUGACAAAUCCCAGGACCAUUGAACGGCCCCCACCCUCGCAACCCAUCCCAGAUGCCCUCUCUGUCUCCCAGGGAGUGGGCUGUGAUGGGCUUCUGGGUGUGGGGUGACAGGUCUGGCCACGCACCUGAUGCUCCCCUGGUCUUGGUCUCUGCCCAACAGCCGCCGCCUGCCCCCGCAAUGGAAACCUUUUUUAGGAGACACUUCCAGCGCAAAGUGCCAGGCCGCGUGGGGCUACCCACGAGCAAGGCGCAGCGCCGCUCCCCCGUCGGCCAGGCGUCCUCCUCACUGGCGCAGCGGCGUCGCUCCAGCGCCCAGCUGCACGGCUGCCUCCUGGGCUGCGGCCUAGGGUCCCAGGGCAUCCCCCGCCGGCGCUCCAGCACCGCGCCCCCCACGUACAACCCCCGCUUCACCGUGGACAAGGCUCCCGCCCCCCAGUCCGCCGCGCUUGGGGCCCUGCUGCUGGCCAGGCUUGCGGGCAUGGAGGAGGAGGGGCCCCAGGCGGAGGCCGCGGCCUCCGGGGCAUUAAGUGCCCAGCCAGGCAUCAAGACCCCAGGGUCACCCUCACACCUGGGCGCCCAGCCACUGCUGCGUGUGCCCCGUUACCUGCGCCGCCGGCACCACGCCGCCUCACACCUGCUCCCCGCUGAAUCGGUCUACGACCGCGCCAUCUGGGGCCUGCAGGGCCACUACCGGCGCCUCAGCCAGCAGCGGCCCUCGGGCGCCGUGGCUGGGCCCCUGCUGCCCACUCGCGUGCGCCCGCUGUCCCGCAGGCGCCAAGUAGCCCUGCGGCGCAAGUCGGCCGGACCCCAGACCUGGAGCGCCUUGCUUGCGAAAGCCGUCUCCAAGUCGGGCCUGCAACACCUGGCCCUUCCCCCGCCCGCUCCGGGCGCCCUGUGCGGCAGCGAGGCCGAGCGGCAGAUCCGCAGCACCGUGGACUGGAGUGAAUCGGCCGCGUACGGGGAGCACAUCUGGUUUGAGACCAACGUGUCCGGGGACUUCUGCUACGUGGGGGAGCAGUACUGUGUCGCCAAGAUGCUGCAGAAGUCGGUGUCCAGGAGGAAGUGUGCAGCCUGCAAGAUCGUGGUGCACACGCCCUGCAUCGAGCAGCUGGAGAAGAUCAAUUUCCGCUGUAAGCCAUCCUUCCGGGAGUCUGGCUCCAGGAAUGUUCGAGAGCCCACCUUCGUACGACACCACUGGGUGCACCGGCGGCGGCAGGACGGCAAGUGUAGGCACUGUGGGAAGGGCUUCCAGCAGAAGUUCACCUUCCACAGCAAGGAGAUCGUGGCCAUCAGCUGUUCUUGGUGCAAGCAAGCGUACCACAGCAGGGUGUCCUGCUUCAUGCUGCAGCAGAUCGAGGAACCCUGCUCCCUGGGCGUCCAUGCCGCCGUGGUCAUCCCGCCCACUUGGAUCCUCCGCGCCCGCAGGCCCCAAAAUACCCUGAAGGCGAGCAAGAAGAAGAAGAGAGCCUCCUUCAAGAGGAAGGCCAGCAAGAAAGGGCCCGAGCCCUCUCUGUCUCCCAAGGAGGCCCGCUGGAGACCCUUCAUCAUCAGGCCCACCCCGUCCCCGCUCAUGAAGCCCCUGCUGGUGUUUGUAAACCCCAAGAGUGGGGGCAACCAGGGCGCAAAGAUCAUCCAGUCCUUCCUGUGGUAUCUCAACCCCCGGCAAGUCUUCGACCUGAGCCAGGGAGGACCGAGAGAGGCGCUGGAGAUGUACCGCAAAGUGCACAACCUGCGCAUCCUGGCCUGUGGGGGCGACGGCACGGUUGGCUGGAUCCUGUCUACCCUGGACCAGCUGCGCUUGAAACCACCGCCCCCUGUGGCCAUCCUGCCUCUGGGCACAGGCAAUGACUUGGCCCGUACCCUCAACUGGGGUGGGGGCUACACAGACGAGCCAGUCUCCAAGAUCCUCUCACACGUGGAGGAGGGCAACGUGGUGCAGCUGGACCGCUGGGACCUCCAUGCGGAGCCCAACCCCGAGGCAGGACCUGAGGAGCGUGAUGAGGGGGCCACCGACCGGCUGCCCCUGGAUGUCUUCAACAACUACUUCAGCCUGGGCUUCGACGCCCACGUCACCCUGGAGUUUCAUGAGUCAAGAGAGGCCAACCCGGAGAAGUUCAACAGCCGCUUUCGGAACAAGAUGUUCUACGCCGGGACAGCCUUCUCCGACUUCCUGAUGGGCAGCUCCAAGGACCUGGCCAAGCACAUCCGAGUGGUGUGUGAUGGCGUGGACCUGACCCCCAAGAUUCAGGACCUGAAGCCCCAGUGUAUCGUCUUCCUGAACAUCCCCAGGUACUGCGCGGGCACCAUGCCCUGGGGCCACCCCGGGGAGCACCAUGACUUUGAGCCCCAGAGGCACGACGACGGCUACCUCGAAGUCAUAGGCUUCACCAUGACGUCCCUGGCCGCGCUACAGGUGGGGGGCCACGGCGAGCGGCUGACGCAGUGCCGGGAGGUGGUGCUCACCACCUUCAAGGCCAUCCCAGUGCAGGUGGACGGCGAGCCCUGCAAGCUGGCCGCUUCCCGCAUCCGCAUCACCCUGCGCAACCAGGCCACCAUGGUGCAGAAGGCUAAGCGACGGAGCGCUGCCCCCCUGCACAGCGACCAGCAGCCCGUGCCCGAGCAGCUCCGGGUGCAGGUGAGCAGAGUCAGCAUGCAUGACUACGAGGCCCUGCACUAUGACAAGGAGCAGCUCAAGGAGGCUUCUGUGCCCCUGGGCACUGUGGUGGUGCCCGGAGACAGCGACCUGGAGCUCUGCCGGGCCCACAUCGAGAGGCUCCAGCAGGAGCCGGAAGGUGCUGUAGCCAAGUCCCCAUCAACGACGACAGCGGGGCCCAAACUGUCCCCCAAAUGGUGCUUCCUGGACGCCACCACCGCCAGCCGUUUCUACAGGAUCGACCGGGCCCAGGAACACCUCAACUACGUGACCGAGAUCGCCCAGGACGAGAUUUAUAUCCUGGACCCUGAGCUGCUGGGGGCGUCGGCCAGGCCGGACCUCCCCACACCCACCUCCCCUCUCCCCACUUCCCCCUGCUCCCCCAUGCCCCGGUCACUGCAAAGGGAUGCCGCUCCCCCUAAAGGUGAAGAACUGAUUGAGGCCGCAAAGAUGAGCGACGCCUGUAAGCUCCAGGAGCUGCACCGUGCCGGCGGCGACCUCACGCACCGCGAUGAGCGCAGCCGCACGCUCUUGCACCACGCCGUCAGCACAGGCAGCAAGGAGGUGGUCCGCUACCUGCUGGACCAUGCCCCUGCCGAACUCCUGGAUGCUGUGGAGGAAAAUGGGGAGACUUGUCUGCACCAGGCUGCGGCCCUGGGCCAGCGUACCAUCUGCCACUACAUUGUGGAGGCUGGAGCCUCACUCAUGAAGACAGACCAGCAGGGGGACACGCCCCGGCAGCGGGCUGAGAAGGCCCAGGACACAGAGCUGGCUGCCUACCUGGAGAACCGCCAGCACUACCAGAUGGUCCAGCGGGAGGACCAGGAGACUGCCGUGUAGCCCUGGGGACACGCCCUCCCUGCUGUGUUCCACCUGGAUACCACUGGGGUACCCAGACCCUGGGGAAGGCACCCUUUCAAAGCCACCUGGACCCUGGGUGGACUUGGAGGCCCUGAGGGUCUUGCCUGCCCCAAAGGGCCACAGGAAACAGGAACGGGCUGGGCCCGCCUCUCCCUCGGCAGAGGAUGCCUUCCUAGAGCCAGGUGACCCAGGGACCAACACAGGGGCCCUGAGGUGGGGUCGUGGAGGGGGCCUUGAGGAAGUUGGGCUAUGGGGAAGUUUCUUGAGCCGAACACUCAGAGGCGCAGGGGCCACAGCCCGCUCCCAACCAACCCCCCCAGCACCCAGGGCUUAUCCCUGGAAACAGAGCCUGCUGCACUUGCCUGCCGCCCGCCACCACCCGCUUGGCACCUCCUCCAGCGACCCUCCUGCUGUACCCAGCCAUUUCACCGGGCCUGGGGCCCGGGUGUGGUGGGGUGGGGCUCAAGGUGACUUGUUUACAGCUGGGUGUGACUCAGUAAAGUGGACGUUUUUUUU